ACUUAACAGUGUCAACAUCAGCGCAUGAAUACAAGAUAAAUGACCACGUUUUUUAUAGGUAGGUCAACCUGGUAAUAACACUCUCUCUCUCUCUCUCUGGAGCGCUGUUUCAAUCAAUCGACAGCAUUUGAGCUACUAACAGUAUGAUUGAUCUUAAGCGAGGACUACUUUAAAGCUACACAAUCCAAUCAUUGAAGGUGGACUCUGUGUGUUCACUUUGAAUUGAGUCAUUGAAGAUAUCACACCGGUUCUUUACCGCAAGAAAAGAUUCUUGUAAUCUCUUUCCGUGUGGACUCUACUUCUGGUUCUGACAAUGAAGACAUCUUUCAAAUUGGAGUAAUUAACACAGUAACGGACAUUGGCCAUGGAGGAUACACGACUCAAGUCAUUCGGUCAACGAAACGAACAACCAUCAGAGGAGGGGAACUCUCUUGGGAGCGGUGGCAGCAACUGGUGGAAAAGAAAGUGUAGUGACCCGGAAGAAAAAUCUACAUUAAUAGUCAACAGGAAGGACCUGAGCCCGGAAGCUACUCAACGUCUGCUGACCUCUGCCCUCGUUAUUUCAUGGGCAUCCAUUAUCUUUUCAUUAGGGACCGGACUAGCAGCCUUGGUUCUCAGUGUCCAUGGCAACAGUGAAUCACUUUUUGCCUUCGGGUUGGACGCGGUGCUAGACAGCCUGUCAUCUUGUGCAGUGUUGUGGCGUUUCCAAGGCAACGUUGAUUGUGUUUACUCGCUGGCGAGAGAACGGAAGGCCUGCAUUGCCAUAGGUGUCUUGUUUCUGGUCUCAGCGGCGUCUCUGAUCAUUAAGUCUGUUGUAGCCAUCGCCAACGAGACUCACGAAGAGGAGGAAGUGGUGCUCUUCGACUCCUUCGCCUUGACCUGUGGCAUCAUUUCUGUGUUCAUUGGGGCUUCCAAAGUUUACGUUGGUCUAAAGUUGAGAAGUCAAGCCUUGUAUACUGACAGUAUCAUAACAUUUGUGGGCGCCGCCUCCUGUUUCGCGGGCGUGGCGGGCCUGGAGCUCUACGUCAACGACACCAAGUAUUGGUAUGUGGACUCAGUGUUUGGUAUACUGUGUGGGCUCUUUCUGCUGUUCUUUGGUAUCAAGCUACUCUAUACAACAUUGAAAGAGAAAUCUUAAGAAACUUCCACACUGAAGAGCUCCUCUACUUACUUAGGAUACUUUGCUAAAGUUGUUGAUUUGUUAAGAUUGUUGUAUAAUCUUAUAUUAUCAUUGUUAUGAUGGUUCGGACCUGACCCGGAAUAAAGUCUUUCUGUAUUUAUCAUUACGUUUGUCCCCGGAGUCAUCAAUCGUUGGUCUCCGUACAUCUCCGUGCAUUUCCGUCAUAUUCACGUACCAUUAGUCUCAUUGACCCAUUUGCUACGAUUUGUAAAAUAUAUGACUGUUGUAUCUCUGGUAACCGGAUGAAGCUCCUACUUUGUGAUAGAAGAUGAACACAAACUCGAUGAUGGUUGUGGGGUCCGAUCUUUGCUUUGAAAAGGCGGUUACAUUCCUGGCACCAGUGGAUUGGGCCUACCCUGAAUCGUCUGCAAUAGCGCUGAGUGCCGAAUGAUCACCAGUUAUUCUCAUUGCCUCCUUGCCACAAGCACCGGCUCUUACAGGUCUUUGGCUUGAGGAGAUCACGAACUUCCCCCCCCCCCCCCCAAAAAAUGAAAUGUUGCCUCCAAGUUUAGUGUGGCGUUACACUGCGGGAAUUCCCUGAAAACAAGGAAAUAUUCUUAAAUUAUUUGUACCUCUAGGUAUCUUAGGCUGCUUAACUACUUUGUACAGUUUCUUUUCGAAAUGCAUUUUUUAAAUACCAAAAUAGUAUCAAUAAAUACCAUUAUUAUAACAAAAUUUUUUUGGACAACCCGGAAGCGACAUAGAACACAAUGCAUCGUACCUACAUAAGUUUUCAGUACUAUAUUAAAAAGUAAGAACGGUACAUUUAUAAGCUGAGAAAGAAAUAUUGAUUAAUUACUGUCUUUGUUUAUCAAGACUUUGUCUUUGUAACAAAAGCUUGAAUAUUCUUUUUGUUGACAUCAUGUAUAGCGAUAUUUUAUUUUGUUUCGUUUGUAUACCGACGAGAUUAAAGAGAUACUAAACUUAUUGGAUUUUGAAUGUACUAGGUUUAUAUUUGGGCUAAUGUAGUUCUACAUAUGAUACACUUUUUAUUAAGUUGAGACACCAAUGAAAGGAAGUGAAUCGAAAAUGUAUUUUAUGGUUAGACUAAUUUGCAUUAAUGUUUCUUUUUUUUUAAUGUUUCCAUUAUUUUUGUUUAAAAUAAAAAGGCAAUUUCAACUUG